CAAGGCAACUUUCCCAAAUUUACCUCCCUAAAAAUCCUCCGCAUCUUAAGGAAUAAGUUCCAUUCGACAAAUACGAGUAACUCAAAGAUCGUUGACAGAGGUUUUUACAGCGAAGUUGCUUCUGCCUGGUAAAUCGAUUUGUGCAUUUAUCAUUGCAGAGAACAGCAAAUUACUUUUCAGUUAUUCACACUAGUUUAGUCUUAGAAGAGGGGAGAUGAGGAAGCAGCUGAGGAUGUCGUGGCAGCGGGUUUGUAGGCUUAUAAUGAUAUCUAGACCAUUUGGGAAGUCGUUGCGAGAUAAGGCAAUAGCAGUUGCAGGAAGAGUCACUGUGAAGAAAGAUGGAGUGUCUUUAAAAGCUUCAUGUCCGGUGUGUUUGGACAUUAUCAGCACACCACUUGAUUCUGAUCUGAAAAUGACGUUGGCUGUACACAUGAGCUUAUGGCACCCGGAUGAUGUUCAGUUGCACUGGGAAAUGAUGCAAAACAAAGGAAGAUCAAUUGUUCACAUGCCUUCUUUCUGCUUUGGUGUUGGGACGGCUGCUGGAAUUGGAGCUCUGAUAGUUUUUCUUGCCAGAAGCCAUGCUCGGGCAUUUGGCAAUAAAAGGUGAAGCUUAUCUCCAUUUCCGACUAGAGAGGGGUUAUGAUGAUCUUUUUCUGUUUUGCUGCUAGUUUUUGCCUCAGUUAUGAAGAAUUAGCCUAGUCUAAAGCUGCUACUUUGCGGAAUUAGGAAAUCAAAUAGAUAGACUUUUCAAUUGAAUGAAUGUUGUUAGUUCAUAUUAUUGUUAUAUGAAGAUCCAUGGGAUGAUAGUAGUUAGAGACGGCAGAGGAGUUUUCCUAUUUCUUGUGAAA